GAGUGCGCGCCGAGACGCCGGCCGAGACUCUCACGUUUCUCAGGUGGAUCUCGACUCUCUCACCUGUCUGAAUCAUGAUCCAUGUGCUGCUGCUCGCGGGAGUGCUGCUGGGCGGAUACGUCCUCCUCACGCGGACCAUCUUCAAGGGGUCCAGGUGUAAAGGAAACGCCGCCAUAGCGGGAAAAACCAUCAUCAUCACAGGAGGGAACACCGGCAUCGGUAAAGCCACGGCUCUGCACCUGGCCAGGAAGGGAGCCCGAGUGAUCCUGGCCUGCAGGAACCGCAACAAAGCUGAGGCCGCCAUCGAAGAUAUCCAACAGGAAACAGGAAGUAGCGACGUGGUCUACAUGCAGCUGGACCUGGCGAGUAUGAAGUCUGUCCGCUGCUUCACAGAAACCUUCCUGAAGACCGAGUCCAGACUGGAUCUGCUUAUCAACAACGCAGGUCUGGUGGGCGAUGGGCGGACAGAGGAGGGUUUCGGGAUCCAGUUUGGGGUGAACCACCUAGGUCACUUCCUGUUGACCUACCUGCUGCUGGAUCGUCUGAAGGAGGCGGGUGGAGGACGGGUGGUCACGCUGUCCUCGAUGGCUUACCGCUGGGGACACAUCGACUUUGAAGCUCUGGCGGCGAACAAAGACCUGGGGACGGGCAGCUACAGCUGGCAGUUCUUCAUGGCAUACUGCAGCAGCAAGUUGUGCAACGUGCUGUUCACCCACGAGCUCGCCAAGAGGCUGAAGGGAACCAACGUCACCUGCUACAGCGUACACCCAGGUGUCGUCCGGACCGAGCUGUCCCGUCACGUCAGCCUGUGGCAGAAGGUUUUCAUCGAGCCCAUUGCCCACAUGCUGUUCCUGGACCCGGAGGCCGGAGCUCAGACCACACUGCACUGCUGCCUGCAGGAGGGAAUCGAACACCUGAGCGGACGCUACUUCUUCUGCUGUGCCGUAGAAGAAGUAUCCGCCCAGGCCAAAGACGACGGCGUGGCCAGGAAACUGUGGGAGGUCAGCGAGAGGCUCUGCGGACUCUCUUAAGGUGGAACUACCACGAUGGACUCUGAUGUUUUUGAUCUGCAUUAAAUGAGUGUUUAGCUCUUUGUGUGUUUGUUUAUUCUGGUGUUAACGUGUUUAUGUCCUUUAAAUUGUAAUAAAAUAUUUUAUAUCUGUG